AGGGCGGGAGAAAGGGAGGAUCCUGCCCGGCCGCCCGCCCUGCCUGUCCCCUAUCCCGGCCAUGGCGCGCGUCCUGAUCGUGGGCGCCGGGCUGACCGGCAGCUUGUGCGCCGCGCUUUUACGCAGGGAGUUGCCCCAACGCCUUUCGCGCAUCGUGCUGUGGGACAAGGCGCGGGGCGCAGGGGGAAGAAUGGCGACGAGUCGCGGCGCCCAGGACCCGAAAUGCACGGCCGACCUGGGAGCCCAGUACGUCACGCGAGGGCCCGAGCACGCCGAAGCGCACCAAAGGUUUUAUGAAGAUCUCUUGAGCCAUGGAGUGCUGAAGCCAUUGACUGCCCCAGUAGAUGGAAUGAUGAUGAAAGAAGGGGCAGAAAAUUUUGUAACACCUCAGGGAAUUUCGUCAAUUGUCAAGCACUAUUUAAAGGAGUCAGGUGCAGACAUCUUUUAUGACCACCGUGUUACUCAAAUCUACCUCAAAAAUGGAAAAUGGGAAGUCUGCACCAACACAGGGUCCUCAGACAAGUUUGACAUAGUUAUUCUCACCAUGCCUGUCCCGCAGAUUCUUCAGCUUCAAGGAGACAUUGUGAACCUAAUUAACAAAAGUCAAAGGCAACAACUGGAAUCUGUGAGCUACUCCUCUCGCUAUGCUCUGGGCCUUUUUUAUGAAGCUGGCACACAGAUUGAUGUCCCUUGGGCAGCACAGUACAUCUCCAAUAAUCCCUGCAUACGCUUCAUCUCCAUCGAUAAUAAGAAGCGCAAUAUAGAAUCCCCGGAGAUUGGCCCAUCUGUUGUUGUCCACACCAGUGUGUCAUUUGGAACAGAAUAUUUGGAGUGGGAUAAAGAAAAGGUGCAGCCGUUGAUCCUAGAUCAGAUAAAAGAAAUUAUACCUGAUCUGCCCAAACCAGCAAGCAUUAAAUGCCAGAAGUGGAGAUAUUCUCAGGUGACUAAAGCUUUCCCUGGAAGCGCAGGACAGAUAACUCUUCAUGCAAAACCUUUCCUUGUCUGUGGAGGCGAUGGAUUUACCCACUCCAAUUUUGAUGGGUGUAUAGAUUCAGCUCUCAGUGUUCUAGAGGCAUUAAAGUCCGGUUUCUAGAUUUUUAAAAUCAUUCUUUCUCCCUAAUAUCAAUUACAUUCUAUGAAUAGGGAAUUUACACGGUUAUACGAAAAGUUAGUAUGUUUGACUUAGUUGUCCUCUAUUUUAAGGAAGGAAGUCACGACAAGUCCUGAGAUGCUUAACGAAUUUAUUGCAGCAGUAGUGAAGUUUGCUUGUUUAUUUGUUCAACUUCGAGGACUCUACUUUUCUGUCUUCCUGGAGUGUGGAAAACAUGUACAGGGUGGCCAUGUGCUUUCUCUCACCACCCUGUUAUCUCCUGACAUGGGUGAAAAUUAGUGAAAACGAUGGUUGAGGAAAGGGGAAUAAACCCUAAACAACAUCCUUAAUUCUUAUGUGUUUAUUUUUGUUUUUUAUUCUAUUUUAUCUUUAUUUUAUUUUAUGAUGUUUUACAGUGUUCCUUGUUAUUCAUUCAUUGUGUAUUUCUGACAUUUUAUUAAUUAGCUCUUCUAAAUCUUGUUAUUGUUGCUGUUUAUAUUGUUGUAAACCACCCAGAGUGGCCUUGGCUGCCAGAUGGGCGGUAUAAAAAUCA